AUGGUAAGCUCUCUGAAAGUUGGUCCGACCCUUCAUCUCCACGAGUAUAGCGUAAUCGAUGCUUCUGGCAAUGUAAAGGAAAAUGUUCGUAGCGCCGACCCUUUAAACGUGAAAGUCGACGUAGUGGCAAGUGACGCAGAACCAGAGUCUGAAGACACUAUGAAGACGAAAGGUACGCGACAGGAAAUUGGUCCUGGAACAGAGGGUAAAAGCGAAACCAUAAUCUACGUAGAACCGAUCGUGGAUGGGGCUGCUCCUACAGCACUGGGAUUCAAACGACUCGAAAAGACCGUAAACGAGCUUCAGCAGCGCUUUCAAGCACUGGAAGAGUUACCGACGAACCCAGAGCUUAUCGAACGACUGAAGGGUAAAUUCACUGAUCCCCUAACCGACGUAUGGCAGAUUAUCAAUAUUACAAAACGAUUGGACGCCAGUGAGCAAGGUAUUGAUAAGUUGACAACGAUGGUGCAAGACGUGCUGAAAGGCGAUCAAAUCGAAACUAUGGAGGAGCCAUCGCAGAUCGAAGAGAGGCUAAUGAAUAUAGAAGAUAAUCUCAACAGUUUGGACCAGGCCAUGAAGAAUUUGCAAAUAAUCGUUCACAUGAGCGAGGAAGAGGGAACAGAAAUUGUUCGCGAGACAACAGCGGACAAAGAGGAGACGCAGAUGUCGACACAACGAGUCUCUUUGAGCCAGAUUCUGGGUGGAGUAGACAUUAAACAAAUGAAAGAAGAAGUGCAGGGCUUGCAGCAGGACGUUUCUACGAUACGCGACGACUUGAACAGUAUCAAAGAGAAAAUUUCCAACAAGCGCGCGGAGAAGGCGAAAGAAGAAGCUCAAAGUCCGAAAACAGCGGAUAAAAAAGAUACGCAAACCGAGGAAACAACGCAGGUGAAAACAUCAGCGAAACCUGAAGAGCCGACGGGAAAGCAGACGACAGCCAUGGAACUCGAAGAAACGAUGGACUCGAAUACGUUGAAAUCUAUAAACGAACGCAUAUUAAAGUUGGAGAAGGACCUGGUGUGUUUGACCGAGAAAGUUGACAGCGCGCCGAUGGCAGGCACUACUGGCAGCGCCGAGCUGGACGAAUUGGUCUCGACGAUCCAUGGAAUCCAGACUGAAAUGGAGAAACUGAAUCAAACUGCGGAUCGUUUGAUCGACGAUCGCGAAAAUCGCGAAGUGCAUCUCAACGCUCUGUUGGAACAAGUAGAGCUUCUGAAGACGAUAAAGGCGGACAGGGAAGAUCUCGAGGACGCGCUUGCCGACAAAGCAGACGCUCAGGCGAUAAACCGGAAGGUGUCUUACGACCAGUUCGACGCUGCAUGCGACGAUCUUGCACAAGGCUUGGAGGAGGCCAUUGGCAAGUUGGGAAAACAAGAAUCGAUUUGGCAGCAAACGCUGGACGAGGUGCAGAAGGAGAUCGAAGGGAAAGUGGAUAAGAUAGAAAUGACACCGUUGAAAGACUUCGUCAGCAAUCGAUUCAAGACGUUGCAGGAUAAGCUGAAGAGCGUGGCUGAAAUGAGACAGGAAUCCGAGGCUGCUGGUUCUAAAAAGAUGCUCAGGGACGUCCAGUGCAUAUCUUGCGACAAGAACGUCGUCAUGAAAAUGGAGGAUACCAAUAAAAUGAAAAUGGAACCGUUGCCUUGUACGUUGAGUAUGAAGCCGUACCUGACCUACGAAUUGGAUCAAAUUAGGAAGCAACAGAAGAGAUUGCCUCACAGCAGAAAUAUGAUUCAAUUCGAGGCAGUGUUGCAGGAGGAGGCGAAGAAACAAAAGAGCGCUAGGGCUGAAUCGCUCGUAAAAACUCCUAGGGAUCAUCUGGUCAAUCGAUAUUGCGGCGGAAGUCACACGGUUACGACUCCUCAUCAGAGAGUGACGCGAGUGGGUCACUUCCUCACUCAAUGGGGACCGGAAAUAGUGCAGUUGACGGAAGGAAUGGUGAGAGGAACGGAUGGAAAGAUGUAUAGAAGCCGACCAAUGCCGGACAAAUUCGAUGUCUGCGGACCUGCAUAUUGCGAAGAUCACGGCGACGAGGCUAAACCUACGAAGCGACAACCGGUUUCCCCACAGCCGCGAAAGAGUUCUGAGAGACAAGCCUUGAUUAGUUCAAGAAGAAGAAGCUCAAAGAGAGUGUCUAAAGAACUAAGUAAAGGAUCAGCGAGAAUAGAGGAGCUUGCAGUAGAAUCUGAAACAGAGAAACCCGAUGAAUUACCACACAAUGUAGACUCGCAUAUGGACGAAGUCAUUCAUUACGACGACGAAGAGGAAAUGGAGGAUCACGAUUAA